GAUAAGGACAUGGAUAUUUUCAAAAGAGGCCAGGAGGCAAUAGGUAGAAAUAUAUAAAACUCUUAGAAUAACACUUGUCCCUUCAGAAGUGGAUAUUUCUCUUGUGUUAGUCACCCUGGAUUGUAAGUGGCAUUGAGCCAGUGGCACCUCUUAGAGUGGGGAUUAGUAUCCUAUGAUCAUAGAUGUAUUAGUCAGGUCUUUUCUGGAUAUAAAUGAUGGAAACCCAGCUCAAAAUAACUAAAGGGAGAUGGUUUUUAUUGGCUCACAUAACCAAAACUCUAAGCAUGGCAUUGACUUCAGGCAUGGCUGGAUCUAGGUUCUCAUAUGAUGACUCUCUUCAUCACUUGACUCUGCUUUUUUCACUACUUAUUCUAAAGCAGGCACUUUCCACAAUGGGACAAAGAUGUCAGAAGCAUGUUAUCUUCCAACAACUUAACAAUUUCAUGAAAAGAGUAUACCUGUUUUUCACUAGAGGAAGCGAAAAUCCUAGGGCUGAUUCUCAUUGGCCCAGAUUUGGUCAUGUGCCCUUCCUUGAAUCAAUCACUAUGACUUUGAUGUGCCUGCCCUUACAGACAGUGGAGUAGAGGUGCAAUACCAUAGAUACUGAGAAUGGAAGAGAGGUAGUUCUCAAAGGGAAAUCAAGUCUUUAUUACCAAAAUAAGGGAAGGGGGCAGAGUUCAUGAGGAAGAAACUUCAGCUUUUUCCUAGAACAAGAGAAAGCAAAACCAAAGAUGGCAUAGGAGAUCAUUUGAAGAAUGUGGGAAAGAGUGUUGGAGCGGGGAUCAGGGAUGGCUGCCCAGAGGGAAGUCAGGGAAAGAAACACGCGGAUGUUCUGCCGAGCCCCACAACAUCCCACUUUGCCAAGUUGAACCUGAGACCCGAGAACAUUGAGAAGUCUCAGUCCCUUCCCCCUCCUCUCACAGUGGAAUAAGGACAUGAAGACCUGGCACACAUGCCCUCUCUAGAUGCUGCUGGCUCCUACCUCAGAGGGGCUGAUCCACUGAUGGUGGUGGAACCAGCGGUGAAAUAUAGCAGUUAUUGACGGCCUUUGGUGUGCAGGAGAGGACAUAGAUGCUGCGGGACAUAAAGAUGAAGAGUCUCCAGAAUUCACAGUCUAGUAGAAAGAGAGGCUCAGGAUCAAUAUUCAUUCUAGUAGGGAGGCAGCCGGCAGAGCCAGACACACCUAGUUCCACCUCGGUCCUGCCAAUAUUACUCUUAAUCUCUCCAAGUCUCGUGUCUUUAUCUGAAAACCAGGGAUACUGAUGCCUGUGUAUCACAGCUGUGGAGAUUACACGAGGUGUAGAAAGCACCUCAUGUACUGCUGGCACACAGUGCGUGUGCAAUAGUAACUCAUCAUCCAGGCUGUCUGUGAUAAGUGCGAUAAUACAAAUGCCCCAAGGCGAUUUAAUUUUUUUCUUGAUUUCCUUAUUCAAACUUGAACCUCUUGGUUCUAAUAUCACAGGUGUGUUAACCAACCUGUGCUUCCCCUUCAUACCAUCAUGGCCUCCAUCCCUCUAGGACUUGCCCUCCCUAUCUGCCCCCCUCAGACGCCUUUCAGGAUCUUUCCUCUGAGCCCUCUCCAGCUCCCUUCCAUCUUCAGAAGGCCAGUGACUGGAACCACACACACGGCCCGAUGGCACACCUGGCGCUAGGCACCCUGCAGCCUGAACACGGAGGCUUUGACGGGAACUGAUCCGUUCGGGGCUUCUGCCCGGAGAUGACAGCCGCCUCCCUGCAGGCAGCCCAGCAUCGCAGGAAGUACUUGGGCUUUGGGAUCGCAGAACUGUAUUUGAAUCCCAGGCUCUUGCUGACGGUGGCUCCUUGGGCAGUUACUGAAUCCCUUGGGCCUCAGUGUCCUUGUCUGCAGAAAGAGGACCGGUCCCCCACCUAGUGAAGUGGCUAAGAGCAUGGCUGCCUGGGUUAGACCCCAGCUCUACCAGCUCUCUGACCUCUGACCUGGGGUGCUCUCCCAUAACCUGUACACGGUCCUGCACAUCCCCCAUGACCCCGUGGCUCUGGAGGAGCACUUCCGUGAUGAUGACGACGGUCCUGUGUCCAGCCAGGGAUACAUGCCCUACCUCAACAAGUACAUCCUGGACAAGGUGGAGGAGGGCGCCUUUGUUAAGGAGCACUUUGACGAGCUGUGCUGGACCCUGACGGCCAAGAAGAACUACAAGGUGGAUAGCAACGGGAACAGCAUGCUCUCCAACCAGGACGCCUUCCGCCUCUGGUGCCUCUUCAACUUCCUGUCUGAGGACAAGUACCCUCUGAUCAUGGUUCCUGAUGAGGUGGAGUACCUGCUGAAGAAGGUGCUCAGCAGCAUGAGCUUGGAGGUGGGCUUGGCGGAGCUGGAGGAGCUGCUGGCACAGGAGGCCCAGGCAGCCCAGACCUCCGGGGGACUCAGUGUCUGGCAGUUCCUGGAGCUCUUCAACUCUGGCCACUGUCUGCGAGGCGUGGGGAGGGACACUCUCAGCAUGGCCAUCCACGAGGUCUACCAGGAGCUCAUCCAAGAUGUCCUGAAGCAGGGCUACCUGUGGAAACGAGGUCACCUGAGGAGGAACUGGGCAGAACGCUGGUUCCAGCUACAGCCCAGCAGCCUCUGCUAUUUUGGGAGUGAAGAGUGCAAAGACAAAAGGGGUACUAUCCCCCUGGACGCGCAGUGCUGCGUGGAGGUGCUGCCAGAUCGCGAGGGAAAGCGCUGCAUGUUCUGUGUGAAGACGGCUUCCCGCACGUACGAGAUGAGCGCCUCGGACACGCGCCAGCGCCAGGAGUGGACCACCGCCAUUCAGAUGGCGAUCCGGCUGCAGGCCGAAGGGAAGACUUCGCUGCACAAGGACCUGAAGCAGAAGCGGCGCGAGCAGCGGGAGCAGCGGGAGCGGCGCCGGGCAGCCAAGGAGGAGGAGUUGCUGCGCUUGCAGCAGCUGCAGGAGGAGAAGGAGAGGAAGCUGCAGGAGCUGGAGCUGCUGCAGGAGGCGCAGCGGCAGGCCGAGCGCCUGAUGCAGGAGGAGGAGGAGCGGCGCCGCAGCCAGCACCACGAGCUGCAGCAGGCGCUCGAGGGCCAAUUGCGCGAGGCCGAGCAGGCCCGGGCCUCCAUGCAGGCUGAGAUGGAGCUGAAGGAGGAGGAGGCUGCCCGGCAGAGGCAGCGCAUCGAGGAGCUGGAGGAGAUGCAGCAGAGGCUGCAGGAGGCUCUGCACCUGGAGGUGAAAGCUCGGCAGGACGAGGAGGCCGUGCGCCUAGCCCAGACCAGGCUGCUGGAGGAAGAGGAGGAGAAGCUGAAGCAGCUGCUGCAGCUGAAGGAGGACCAGGAGCGCUACAUCGAGCGGGCGCAGCAGGAGAAGCAAGAGCUGCAGCAGGAGAUGGCGCAGCAGAGCCGCUCCCUGCAGCAGGCCCAGCAGCAGCUGGAGGAGGUGCGGCAGAACCGGCAGAGGGCGGACGAGGACGUGGAGGCUGCCCAGCGGAAGUUGCGCCAAGCCAGCACCAACGUAAAACACUGGAAUGUCCAGAUGAACAGGCUCAUGCAUCCAAUUAAGCCUGGAGACAAGCGUCCCACCACCAGCAGCUCCUUCACAGGCUUCCAGCCCCCUCCACUUACCCGCCAUGACUCCUCAUUAAAGCGCCUGACCCGCUGGGGAUCCCAGGGCAACAGGACUUCCUCACCCAGCACCAGUGAGCCGCAAAAGUCCCUCAAUGGUGGGGAUGAGGCUCCCAUCUUGGCUUCCACCCCUCAGGAAGAUAAACUGGACCCAGAACCAGAUAAUUAGCCUCUGCUAGCCUCUUUCCCCCCAACCUUAUGCCCACCAGGACCUGGCCACAGCUGGCCUGUGGGUGACACUGGCCCCUGCAAGAGGGAGCUGAGGACCUGGUGUCAGGGGCGAGGCUCUCCAGCCAUGAAACAGUCCAGAAUGGAACCUCAUUUAUUUUUGGCAUCAGCCCCAAGCCCCAGACCACUGAGGCUGUCUGGGAUGUUGAUCCUUGAAAACUUGAUCCUGUGCCUUAACCUCGAGGAUGCCCUGGGCUGGAAAAGAAUAAACAAGUAAGCCAAGGGCCAUCUGCCCCCAGACUGCCACCAAGUUUGGAGGCAUAUUUCCAAAUAAAAACUGUUU